GUAGAAAACUUUAGCCAACCAUCUUCCCACGGAUCAGCCCUUGCUGAAUCAGAGCAACAGAUUUUGCGGGAUUUGAUGAGUGAUGCAAUGGAGGAAAUUGAGACUCAACAGACUGCUUCUGUCAUGAAGCCAGAGUCUAAUGGAGUUUUGGAUGACAGAUCUCAAACUCAGGAGCCAUCUUGCUCAGAUCUGUUCCUAUUUCCAGAUGAAAGUGGAAAUGUUUCACAAGAUGCAAGUCCUACUUAUGCUUCAUUCACUCAUCACCUGAUAAAUGAGGCCAUGGGAGACGUUCCUGCCGAAAGUGAUGAUUUCUGCAUUCUUUUUGCACCCAAAGUUGCUGUUGCUGAAAAAGAGGAAGAGCCAGUAAUAAAAAUAAUGGUUGAUGAUGCAAUUGUCAUAAAGGAAAAUCAUUUCAGCCAGCCUAUUAAAAAAACAGAUACAAGCAAAGCUCCCCUUCAUUUUCCUGUUCCUCUGGUACGCUAUGUUGUAAAGGAAAUCUCUCUUAUUUGGCAUCUCUACGGUGGAAGGGAUUUUGGGACUGCACCUCCAACGUCUCCAGCUAAAAGUUUCAUAAGUCCCCAUAGUUCUCCUUCUCAAACGCCAACGAGGCAUGGGCGGAGCACAGCGUGUGGGGGAAGAGGAAGAAACCCAGACUUCCUAAUGGAAAUACAGUUAAGCAAGGUGAAAUUCCAGCAUGAAGUAUACCCUCCAGCUGGUGCAGAAGGUGAAUGCAGUCUGUUGGAGCAGCCGGUGUCUCGGCAGGUUUUUAUUGUUCAAGACCUGGAGAUUAGAGAUCGCUUAGCUACAUCACAGAUGAAUAAAUUCCUCUAUCUCUACUGCAGUAAGGAGAUGCCCAGAAAAGCACAUUCAAACAUGCUAACAGUUAAAGCAUUACAUGUUCGUCCAGAGUCUGGCAGGUCCCCACAGGAAUGUUGUUUACGUGUUUCACUAAUGCCACUUCGCCUCAAUAUUGACCAGGAUGCCUUGUUUUUCCUGAAGGACUUUUUCACUAGCCUCUCUACAGAAGUAGAACUCUUAGUUACUCCAGAUCCUGAAG